AUGACCGUCACUGUUCUAGCCACUUCUACGACUCAGACGAAGCGUCGCGAACCUCUGAGGGUACUUGAUAUGGCAACGUCCCAGGCGCGGACGCGCAAUGCGCCGUCUGCCGCGCCUGGUGGGGCCGGGAAAGGUGGGGGGAGAAGAACGCGGUCGAGCUUGGAUAAGCAGGAGAAGGAGAAACUGGGGGAGAGUCUUAAUGGGGAGAAGAAGAGGAAGGCUGGGAUUUAUGAUGAAGAUAUAGAGGGGUUUCAAUUCUCGCGCAUUACAACCAAGAAGCAGAAGUCCACGAAGGAGCCUGAGUUGCCGGUUCCCGAAGAGCCAGCGCCGCAGCCGUCACCGAAGAGAGGGCGACCGCCGAAGAAACGGGUGGAGGAGAAAUCGACCAGUGUAGCGGAGCCGAAGAAAUCCUCAACAGAAGGGACAGGGACGGGUAAACGGCAGACCCGAGGAACUGCAAAGACUGCGCCAGAACCAGAAGCUCAACCUGAACGGAGUACACGGUCGACCCGAAAACGAGAGGAGGUGGAGCAAGUGCAAGUGGAAAAGGUUCCGGUGGAAAAGAAGCGCAAAAAAGGCCGGCCCAGCAAAUCUCAUGAGGAGAAGCGCAAUGGAUUUGUGUCUCCGGAGCCGCCGCAGGCGGGGACAUCUACCAUUACGCUUCCUGUGGCGGAUACACCUGUUAUACAGCGGAAUAGGGAGAUGAGGGGGAAGAAGUCGUCAAAGGGGAGCAGACGUAGCAGUCUCAGCAUGCGCGGACGAAGGGCUAGCUCUUUGAUUGACUCCGGGGCGUCGAAUGCUUUACCUCACAAGCAGGUACAUACGUCAGACUUCUACAAGCAUAUCGCCGCGGACGGGUUACCGGAGCCACGGAGAAUGAGGCAGCUUUUAAUUUGGUGCGCUACACGAGCCAUGGGGGAUAAGCCAUCGGGGUCUCGCUCAGAGGACGAGAGCGCUCGAUUAGCUGCGCGCAUAAUCCAAGAAGAAUUACUCAAGGAAUUCUCGAGCAACUCGGAGCUAUCAAACUGGUUUGGACGAGAAGAUACGACACCGCCGACAGUAGUCGUGAAGAAGGUCAAUCCAAAGAACGUGCAAAACCAAGAUAAGAUCAAAGAAUUGGAAGAGCAAAUACAAAAACUGCAAAAAGAGAGACACGCCCUCAACGCAUUACUGCGACCUUCGUCAAUUCCUAGGUUGAGGCCUGCAUCAAAACAACUGCCGAACGGACAAUUAGCGGAUCAGCCACAAGCAGGAGCAGAAGCAAAAUCCUCGCCGCAGCCAGACGACCACAUUAACCUAUCAGUAUUAGCUCCCUCACAACAGCAGAUCCUCGCCUCAAUAGACCCCGAGGCGGCAAAGCAAUAUCAAAGCACUCAAUCAACCAACCAACCCUCCGAAACCACCACGAACUUACCCCCAAUAACACCAUCCAGCAUAUCCACCCGUCUCUCCCGAAUAACCAGCCGUCUAGCCCCAACCCUCGACUCGCUCGCCGCAGGCGUCCAUGACAUUGAGCUCUACCGCUCCAUGUCCGACGCCGUCUCGUCGCGCGUGCUCCGCAUUUGCGCCGAGCGCCUCGAAGAACGGGAUGCGCGGAACGCCCUCCGUCGACUCGCCAUUACCAGCGAUGAAGGAAACGGGGAUACGAAUGCACAAGCUGGACAAAAGGACGUCCCACUCCGACCACGGCCAAAGGAAGACCUUGGCCCGAUCUUGGGUGCAUUGAGUCGCGUUGAGAGGCGGUUGUAG